CACAUAGACCCGUCUUAGUUACCCGGCGCAUUAAGACCAACUGCAGAUCAAGAUCGGCAGUUAAUAAUGUGAGCUGAACGUUGGACUAUGGCCGGACAUAGAGCAGGCUCCGCUCUGCGGCACACUCUCAGGCCGCACAUUCAGCUGCCCACGUCUUCUCGGGUUGCUUGGCAACCAUGCUCAGCAAGAACUUUCUUUGGCCUUGGAGAACUCGCAGGUGUUAUUGCGAAUCCUGCGGAGACGUUGCGUCAGUUGAACGAGACGAAGGAAAUGCUCAGAAAGGCCAAGGAAGAUAUUGAACUUGCGCGAGAGGCGAAACAAAUCCCCAAGAAGCACACCUUCUCGAAACUGCCUGGAUUCCAUGGACGUCAACCUGAACAAGCUCUCUUGCGCAAGAUUCUGUCGUCGCAGCCAAAAAUGACGACCAUCUUUGGCGCGACUUCUGUUGGCAAGACUGCCCUGCUGAGAGAGGUGCUUGCGACCGAUGACUACUUCGUGGUUAAGUUUGAUCUGCGGAUCAGCGGGUUUGCUGACCUUAGGACACUCUAUCUUGCUCUUUGUGAGCAGUUUCAAACUUUUUUCAACGAGAUGCAAGACGAAGAAAUGGGCAAACAGGCAUUGACAUUCAAGCAUCUCAUUCUGGCUCUAGAAGAGAAAGAAGGUUCCAAAUUCGGCUACACGGUCACUGUCGCGGAUCUGGCAAGUCUUAUGGAGCGGGUUCAGAGUGCCCUCCUGCAGUAUUGGGAGUACGAUCCAGAAGCGGCUACGGCCGAAAGUGAAUCUUCCUUGGAAGAUCCAGACGCGAAGAAUAGGCCUGCUGAGCGUCUAGUAGAGCCUCCAGAUGGCACAGAGAAAUUUGGCUACAAAAGUCAAGCCGGCAAUACGGUGUUCAAGAAGCGACCGAUCGUCUUCCUGUUUGAUGAGGCACACAAACUCCCAGCGCUCGUUAACGACCAAUUAUCGCUCAAAGUAUUCCUCGACACGCUUUUGGUAUUGACAAAGCAGGAUAGGCUUUGCCAUGUCCUUUUUUGCACCUCAGACCCCUUUUUCCAGCAUUUCCUCCGGUCGAUGAAUGUGGGGCACCAUUCGCAGAUCAUCACAAUCGGCGAUUGCAGUCGUGAAGAAACUUUAUCGUACUUCUUGGAUCAGAUGCUAAGAUCUGUACCACAGCACUUGGCCUCGAAGUUGAUGAUGAGUUUUGACGAGAUUUGGGAUGCAUUUGGUGGAAAGUUGAGCCAAAUUAAUGAUUACGUUGCCUCCUGGGUGCACGCAAACGGCGAGCUGACGCCUUAUAAAUCCGCAAUCUUCAUUCAAGCAUAUACACUGUUGCAGUUCCAUCUAACGCGGACAAACUUUGAGACUUUCUCACCUCUUUCCAUGGCGACGGCUGGAACGGAUACGAGCGAUGAUAUAGCACGCUUCCAGCCGUCAGACCUACUACGAGUCAUGCGCAAGCUCACCCAGCCUCCGUACAGCAUCCCGUAUUUUACGCUUUGUCGCAUGAUCGGCACGGAACAAGUGGACAGCAUGAUCAAGUCGCGCGUAUUAGAGGUGCGGUGGACAAGGACGGUGACGCCAGAGGAAGGUUGGGUUGAAAGACAAUGGAGUGAAGAUGGGGUAGAAAGGCCAGUCGUGUUGCCUAUGACGAGAAUCAUUAGGAAGGCCAUGGAAGUUGUCUUAAAAGAACACGAUCAACUUCAACGGGAACCGGGUCCGUCCGAAAAAGAGUAGGAACGGAAGAAGUAGAAUGCAGAGUUGACUCGAUUUUAUCGGUCAACCCCUCCUCAGCAGAUCUAUGGAGCUGCUAAGGUCUCAGUCUCGCUAUAAGAGAUGCCAGUGGCCGGCCCAAUUUCAGUAUCUUGAUUGAACGAUCCUGAUGUCAUUCGCCAUUUUAAACAAGGGUUGGGAAGCACAUUUUGUUGCGGCCCUCGCGACAUUCCAAGCAAAUAGCAAACGAUAUUUUAUUACUUCAAAUACCAAUAUUUCUGCUCCCUUAAA